CUCCCGGGGCGGUCACCAUGGUGGUGGUGGGGGUGGGAUACAACAGUGGAGACGGCAGACAGUUUGUCCAAACCUUUAUUUUCAUUUCAGCAUAAAAUAACAGCGCGUCUGUUGAUUAAUGUGUUUAAACAUCGUUUAUUUUAGGAAAAGAAGGAAUGGACGGAGUUUUAGUACUUAAUUUUGAGUGGUUUUGAAAUGGAAACCCCCCAGAAAUGGAAGCGCUGAGCGGGGUGAAGGAGUGUUAGGAAAAUGCCUAUUCUCCAGCGUCUGGAAGAGGAACGGGGAGAGUACGAGUGACCGCGGCUCCGCGGCUCUGUCAGCCCCUCUCGAGUGAACCCUGGCCGGGCUGCGACUUCAGAGGGCUCGCCUACCUGCCUGUUGUUAGCUCCGUCACAAAGAGCAGCCCCAGAGCGGUGCGCUGUAGGGUCGGGACCGGGCAGCGGAGGAGGAAAGCCCUGGGCUCGGGCCUUGGGCAGGCAGGGCGGGAGGGAGUCAGUCUGCGCGGCCGCUGAGGAGAAGGAGACGGGCGGGCACUGCUGCCGCUCCGCCGCCUCUACUGCUGAAGCUUUUACCGGAGCUGUUUUUCUCGUGAGCUUUACGAAGACAGGAGGAGGAAAGAAGAAGUUUCCGACUGGAUUUUAGACUCUGAACUGUACAGAAUAAUCCCAAACAAAGCAAAACAAUGGCCUCAUACGUGGAUAACAGCUUUCGGCAGGCGGUCAUGAUGAAUCCGGCUGAAAGGACGCAACAGGACCUUGAGAUCGUGUAUUCGUAUCUGCACGGCAUGGAGGCCUUGUCCAACCUGAGAGAGCAUCAGCUAAGGAUGAUGUGUGAAACCGUGCGCUAUGAACGACAUGAAGCAAAUGAAGUACUCUACUAUCCGGAUGACAUCGGCAGCUGCUGGUACAUCUUACUAUCUGGGUCUGUGUUCAUCAAAGAGUCCAUGUUCCUGCCCAGAUCCAGUUUUGGGAAGCGCUCUGCGGGAAGCUUGCGACGCGGAUGUGAGUGCAUCGUCCUGGAGCCGUCCGAGAUGAUUGUGGUGGACUAUAUGGACGAGAAUGAGGAGUAUUUUCAGCGCCAGGCGUCACACAGGCAGUCCCGCCGGAGGUUCCGCAAGAUCAACCAGAAGGGCGAGCGGCAGACCAUCAUCGACACGGUGGACCCGUACCCCGCUGGCAAGCCGCCGGUAGCCCGCGGAUACCACACGGAAUGCGUUAAACCUCAGCUCCCGGCGGACUUCAGCAGACUGCACCUGGCCGACGGGAUCCACCCCCAGGUGACACACGUCUCCUCCAGCCUCUCAGGAUGUAGCAUCACCAGCGACUCUGGGAGCAGCAGCCUGUCUGACAUCUACCAGGCCACUGAGAGCGAGCAGGGCGAUAUGGACCUCAGCGGCCUGCCUGAGACGGCCGUGGACUCUGAGGAGGAUGACGAUGAGGAGGAUAUCGAGCGUGCCUCCGACCCCCUCAUGAGCCGAGACAUCGUUCGAGACUGCCUGGAGAAAGACCCCAUGGAUCGCACAGACGACGACAUCGAGCAACUGCUGGAGUUCAUGCACCAGCUGCCAGCCUUCGCCAACAUGACCAUGUCGGUCAGGAGGGAGCUGUGUGCCGUCAUGGUCUUCGCUGUGGUGGAGCGUGCUGGCACCAUUGUCCUUAAUGACGGCGAAGAGCUGGACUCAUGGUCGGUCAUUCUGAACGGCUCAGUGGAGGUGACGUACCCGGAGGGUCGUACAGAGAUUCUCUGCAUGGGCAACAGCUUUGGCGUGUCUCCCACCAUGGAGAAAGAGUACAUGAAGGGAGUGAUGAAGACCAAGGUGGACGACUGUCAGUUUGUAUGUAUAGCGCAGCAGGACUACUGCUGCAUCCUCAACCAGGUGGAGAAGAACAUGCAGAAGGUGGAGGAGGAGGGUGAGAUUGUGAUGGUGAAGGAGCAUCGUGAGCUGGACCGCACCGGCACUAGAAAAGGACACAUCGUCAUCAAGGGCACAACAGAGCGUCUGACCAUGCACCUAGUAGAGGAGCACUCUGUGGUGGACCCCACCUACAUCGAGGACUUCCUGCUCACCUACCGCACCUUCUUGUCCAGCCCUAUGGUGGUGGGCAAGAAACUGCUGGAGUGGUUCCACGACUCCAGCCUCAGGGACAAGGUUACACGGGUAGUCUUGCUGUGGGUGAACAAUCACUUCAACGAUUUUGAGGGUGACCCCGAAAUGACACACUUUCUCGAGGAGUUUGAGAACAAUCUGGAGAGAGAGAAAAUGUGUGGGCACUUACGACUGUUAAACAUAGCGUGUGCUGCCAAAGCCAAGCUGCGGGUAGUGACCCUGACCAAGCCGUCGCGAGAAGCCCCGCUAGCCUUCACUCUGCUGGGUGGCUCUGAGAAGGGCUUUCGCAUCUUCAUCGACCACGUGGAGCCGGGCAGUAAAGCUGCUGAGGCAGGCCUCAAGCGUGGAGAUCAGAUCCUGGAGGUGAAUGGGCAGAACUUUGAGAAUGUGCAGCUGUCCAAAGCCAAUGAGAUCCUGAGGAACAAUACACACCUAUCCAUUACUGUGAAAACAAAUCUGUUAGUGUUUAAGGAGCUCCUGGCCAGGCCUGAGCACGACCAGGAACAUGACCACGAGGAGGAACUGGACAGGAAGAACGGGGCACCGCACAUUCCCAAAAUCGGGGACAUCAAAAAGGCCAGCCGUUAUUCCAUUCCAGACCUGGCCGUGGACGUUGAGCAGGUGAUGGGUCUGGAGAAAGCCAGUAAAAAAGCCAAGGCCAACACAGUGGGCGGUAGAAACAAGCUGAAGAAGAUCUUUGACAAGACUCUCACCAGUAUACUCCCACCCAAACCUUACAAUGAUGUCGGCGUGGGUCAGUCCCAGGACGACAGCAUUGUGGGCCUGAAGCAGUCUAAGCAGAUUCCUCCAGCUCUGCCGGUCAGCGGAAACCUAUCGUCCAGCAACCCUGACCUCCUCCAGUCUCACCAUCGCAUACUGGACUUCAAUAACCAGCCUGAUAUGUCGGACCAGGUGCUGCGGGUGUUUAAGGCGGAUCAGCAGAGUCGCUACAUCAUGAUCGGGAAGGACACCACAGCCAAGGAGGUUGUGGCUCAGGCCAUCCGGGAGUUUGCUCUGACCGCUGCUCCUGAAGCUUAUUCGCUGUGUGAGGUGUCCGUCACACCCGAGGGCGUGAUCAAACAGCGCCGGCUACCGGAGCAGCUCUCUAAACUGGCGGACAGGAUCCAGCUGAGCGGCAGGUACUACCUGAAGAGCAACAUGGAGACGGAGACGCUGUGUUCGGACGAGGACGCUCAGGAGCUGCUGAGGGAGAGUCAGAUCAGCCUGCUGCAGCUCAGCACGGUGGAGGUAGCCACUCAGCUGUCCAUGCGUGCCUUCGAGCUCUUCUGCGCCAUCGAGCCCACGGAGUACAUUGACGACCUGUUCAAGCUGCGCUCGCGGGCCUCCGGACCCUCCAGCCUCAAGCUCUUUGAGGAGGCCAUCAACCGAGAGACUUUCUGGGUGGCAACUGAAGUCGUCAGAGAGCCCAACCAGCUGAAGCGCAUGAAGAUCGUCAAACACUUCAUCAAAAUCGCCCUGCACUGCCGAGAGUGCAAGAACUUUAACUCCAUGUUCGCCAUCAUCAGUGGUCUGAACCUGGCACCCGUAUCCAGGUUGCGAGGAACCUGGGAGAAACUGCCCAGUAAGUAUGAGAAGCUCUUCAGUGACCUGCAGGACUUGUUUGACCCGUCCAGAAACAUGGCCAAGUACCGGAACGUUCUCAACAGCCAGAACCUGCAGCCGCCAAUCAUCCCUCUGUUUCCUGUCAUCAAGAAAGACCUGACCUUCCUCCACGAGGGCAACGACUCGAAGGUGGAUGGCCUGGUGAACUUUGAGAAGCUGCGCAUGAUCGCUAAAGAGAUCAGACAUGUGGGCAGGAUGGCGGCGGUGAACAUGGACCCUGCACUGAUGUUCCGCACCAGGAAGAAGAAGUGGAGGAGUUUGGGGUCUCUCAGCCAGGGCAGUGCCAAUGCAGCAGUGCUGGACGUGACCCAGACGGGUGGCCACAAGAAGCGGGUGAGGCGGAGCUCCUUCCUCAACGCCAAGAAGCUGUACGAGGACGCACAGAUGGCCCGCAAGGUGAAGCAGUACCUGUCCAACCUCACGCUGGAGACCAACGAGGAGAGCCUGCAGACGCUCUCCAUACAGUGCGAACCCUCCAUAAACACUCCAGUACCUAAGGGCUCCGGGGACAGAAAGAGGCCGGACACGUCUCCAGUGGUUGCACGAGCGGCCGCCCACCAACGGCAGCAGCUCCAGAAGCCCAACCAGGCCCUGCAAGUGCCCGCCGUCGCCCUCUACCCCUCCCGCAAGAAAGUGCCCGUCAAAGACCUGCCGCCCUUCGGCACGAGUUCUCCACAGUCCCUGAAGAAGAUCCUGUCUCUGUCAGAGGAAGCCAGCGAUCGGCACAGGAAACAAGCAGACGAUGCCGUUUCCAACGCCUCCUCUCAGCUUUCCUCUCCUCCCACGUCUCCACACAGCUCGCCCAAGAAAGGUUUUGGACGAGCAGGUGACAAUCUGUCUGACUCAGGCCACAGCGAGAUAUCGUCCCGGUCCAGCCUGGUCAGCACCUCAUCCCUGGACAUGGGUCAGGACGAGCGGCGGCACCGUUAUGGAGGAGGAGGAGAGGGUCACGGCGGGGUUCACCGGCUUGAGCGCAGAGCGACAGCUGAUCCAGACCAGUACAGCUUGGGGUCGUACUCGUCCAUGCAGGACUGUCGGGGUGUGUACGCUGGAGCAACGGUGCUUUCUUCACCCAGCUCAGAGGAACUGACCCAGGACCAAGGAGACCGCGUCUCUCUGGACGCCGCAGACUCUGGACGAGGGAGCUGGACGUCCUGCUCCAGCGGUUCCCACGAUAACAUCCAGACCAUGCAGCAGGGCCGCAGCUGGGAGGUGCUAGCGGAAGGGGCCGGACUGUGGGCGGGCCGAGGCAGCUGGGCGUCGGCCUGUUCGUCCUCAUCCUCGUCGGCGGCCUGCUGGGGGGAGGAUUCAGAGGGUGAUACAGGAACCAUAAAGCGGCGAGGGGGAAAGGACGUUAGCGCUGACCCAGAGACCAGCAGUAUCACCUCCACAGGCUCCGAGGAGUCCAAACAGCACAGCCGACGCCCGUCACCUAUCACCGCUGGGAACGCCAAGGGUGUGAUCACACGUAAAGACGGCCGGUACCGCGACCCCCCGCCCACGCCUCCGGGUUACACAGCGCUGACCAUCUCAGACGUGACUGAGGGGGCGGCCCACGCUGGCCGGAGGCCGCCGGACUACACCACGGCCCUGCAGCGCUCCCGUCUGGUCACACACUCGCCCGACUCCCAGCAGCCCCCCACCGCAGGCAAGCCGGGGCCGUCGGACCUCCGCGGCUCAGCGGAGGACCAGGCACAGGAGGUGGAAGAGGAGGGUGAGUGCUUGUCUCCCAAACUCAGAGCUCAGAGGAGGAGAGGCCCACACACAGCAGUGCCCCCCAGGCCAUGAGUUACACACACCACCCCGGCAGGCAGAGGAUGAACAGGUGUCAGCCGUGUGAAGGGGAGAGCACUCUCUACUGUUGGACACUUGGCGCUGUGACCCAAGGUCUAGUACAGGGCCUCUGGAGGCAGACAGACAGCCAGAGCAACCAAUCAUCAUCUCAGCGGCACUGCCUGUCUCCCUCCUCAGCGGUGGAUUCAUCUCCCUUCCCUGCCUUAAUUCAUCAUGAGGGGUCUUGUAGCCCUGCAUGCUAAAAUACUGUGAAGAAAGGAGGAGAAUGAAAAAAAAAAAGAACAGAAGAAAAAUAAGCAAGAUACUUGGCACUUUGGAAAAUCGUACUUGUCCAUAAGAAAAGAGAAAAGAACGAAUAAAGACUGAAACUGAACUUGAAACAAACACAGCGGUGCGACAUUCACACAGAGACAAAACUGCCGUCGAGAGGUGACAAGUGACUGACAUUGUCGUCCUAGAAGAGCCCGCCCCCUUUUUUCCGCACACAACAACAAACUGCAUUGUUUCCGCCUGCACUUUUUACUUAUAAACUACGUUUUAUAAGAUGAGGACAGAAUGCACACACACACUCUCAUCUCACUCUGGAACACACACACACACACACACUCUAGAGUAGGGGAAAUAAAACACUCCAAACUUUACAAACUCCCGCUACACUAAGUCUCUCUCUUUCUCUCUCUAUCUCUCUUUAAGUCUAAGCAUCAGCGCUGGUCAGAACAGAACACUCCAUUGGUUGUGUGUGGGUGUGUAUCAAUCACUGUUGCAGUAUUAUUUGUACAGUCGGACUGCUGUCCAGCAGUGUGUGGGAGAAGAUGUUAAUGCACUAAAGGAGGAAGAGGAAGGAAGCACACUGGCACAACUGUCUUUGGGAGCAUCCCAAAGCUUUGGAUUCAGCAGACUACUUCUCUUCGGCCCAUUGGUGGAGAAUGCUGGGGAGUGUGUAUGAAUUCCAUAGAGAACCCAACUUUACCAAUGCUUCGCUAAAAGAAGAGGGAGAAGGCAGCGCAGGUGGUCCACAAGGCUUUAACACAUCGAACAGCGCAGAGAUACCGGAGCACUGCAUCCGUUUAUCAUUCACAGUGCUUUGAUGAGAGUCUAGACUCUGAUGUCUAGACUGUUACAUCAGAGAGCGGCUCGGACACCCGGCAGGCCUUAGGCAAGGUUUUUCUUUUUUAGGCCAUCUUACUCUUCAGAAAAUAAAAAUGUCAAGUUUCAAUUUAGUUCCUACUUCACUUUACCCACUCAGUCACUCGAGGAGUACAAGAAAGGCUUGGUUUUAUUGCUGCUAACACCUCUACAUACGUUUGGGACAAUAUCAAUAUCCACAGGUUUUCACUCCCAUAGAUAUCUUUUGUGAAGUUCUUUAGCCACAGUCACCUGUUCUGCAGGUGGAAAAAUGCCAUAUUUAGUAAAGAAUUAAUGAUCUAGGAAAUCUCUAAGAACUCCAAUCGGGCUUAUUUGUUUCAAGUCAAAAGAAUCCAGUUCAUAAAGUGCUGCAGAUGCUUGUCAAAUACUUCCCCAGAUUUCUGGUCGCUCUAAAAUGAACCCAGAAAUGCUUAGAAGAUGCUUAGUCUUUCAGCAGACAUCAUGGUCCAAGUGUCAAGGAUGGAAAAAUGGAAACAUGCCAUGACGAGGCUUCUUAAAAUGAAUCAUGUAGGAGUAUAAUAGAUUUGAAAAACUUUAAUUAGGUUUUUUUUUUAUUGGUGGACAAACAAAUGGUGUUCAUAACACGCUGCAGUUGCUUAUCAAACACCUCCCCUAACUACAGGUUGCUCUUAAAUAAACAUAAAUAUGCUUAGAAAACCAUCUUCCAUCAGACAUCAUAGCCCAAAUGAGUGAUAGACUGCAUUCCCCACAGUUUUCUUUGUCACUAAAUUCUCAUUUCAAAUUCCUACCUGUUUGAGUGGUACAGACAGUCACGUUUUGCUGAAGGUUAGUCCAGCCAGUGAAGUUGUGCUAUUUUAUCUUACUGACAUGAACCAGCCUCAACCUCUCUGUCAGGUGUCAUCAGACAUUUGUGACCAGCAUAGAGUGUUGUCUUUCUGGCUUUUUGUGGUGCUAACAUAAGUAGGCCUUAAAAAGGCUCAAGUCAUGCCUGUGUCACCGUGUCAAUGCACGUACAAAAGGACUGGACCAAAACUGCUCAACAGACAAAACGAAAGGACAGAUUUCAAAAGAACUUUCCCUCAGAAUCGUGCUUCUAAGACUCCGGCGUGGGGGAAGGAUCAUGUUAACCGACCCAAAGGCAAAGCAAGGCUGCCGAGCUGAUCAAGCCGAUAGAACUCGACGGAUGAGAACAAGUCACUUUUAUCAUUUUAUUUUUAUCACUGAGUUAAGCUGAUCACAUUGAUCAGUCGUUAGGAAUGAUAAACUUUGAAAUGGGGGGGUGGGGCGGGGCUAAAAAGAUUGCAGUGUUUUCCACUGUACCCUGUAAUAUCACUUCAAUGUUUCUUUCUCUUCUUGCUGUAAUUUUUCUUUGGGUUUUGUAAUGGUUGCAAUCGUUUAAAAAACAAAAAAAAAAGAAGAAAAAAAAAAGACUCGAUCACAUUUGUAAAACAGUGGUUCUAUAAAUCAUUCACUUCCAUUUGAAUUUUUGGAAACUAGUCAUGCUUUUCUGGCGAGCUGAGUGGAGUCCUCUUUCGAAAAAUAAGUUGCACAAAAUGUACAAGCAUAAGAUAAAAUUGUAGUAGGUAGCGCUGCUACUUUGUUUGAUGUGUGAUGUCAAGUGAGAAGUGUACAUUUAGCUGGUGAAGAGUUUCUUAUUCUUGACUACUUUUACCUGUACGUCUUUUACAAAGACAAUUGGUGGAGUAUGUAUCGGUUGUUAUUUUCUGUCUUUCUUUCUUUUUGUAUUUUUAAUACAAUAAUUGUAAAUAUUGGUUCUAUUUUUGUUGAAUUGUAGAAAUGUACUAUGUUUAUGCCUCAACAUCCAGUUUAUAUGAAGCUGGGAAUCAAUAAAUGCGACAAAAAAAGGAAUCCGCUCGUAGGUUUCAAACGCACUUAUUUUUGUUUCCCCCUCAUCAAGGUUUUUCUCUUUGGAAUAUUGUUACUUUAAAUGACCUCUGGCACCAUCUAGUGUUUGCACAAGAUAAAGACAUGGAAGUAACUUGAAAUGUGUAUCUCAUAACUUUUUUUAACUGACAAAUGUAUGUCAGAAUUAAUAAAAAGACAUCGAUACUGA